GAAAAGAAAAGGGGAGGGGGAUUAACGAAUUGUAUUGUGGACGAUUUGACAAAUGUAAAACGAAUUGAUAUACGUACGACUACACUAAGCGCUGUUGGAACGUACAAAAUUUAUAUUUAUAUUUACCAACUAUUUCAGUAUUUGGAGAAUUUUAUAAGCAGCUAAAAUGGGGAAAGGAUUCAAUAAUUAUAUGACAAAGAAAUUCUUCCAUCCAGGAAGUAAAGACAACAUAAAAAGGGUAUGGAUGGCACAACAAAAAACAAACUAUGAAAAACAAAAACAAGAUGACCUUCUCUCGCAGUACCAGAAAGAGCAGGAAAUGUACAAGAAUAGAGCAUUACUUGGAGAUGAAAAAGCUAGACUGGGACUCAGUUUUAUGUAUGAUGCACCCCCAGGAUUGAAGAAGAAAGAGACAGAGGAGAAAGAAGAAACUGAAGUAAAGUUUGAGUGGCAGAGGAAAUACAAUGCCCCAAGAGAACAGUACGCUAAGGAUGAUGAGACGAUUCGAGACCAGCCUUUUGGAAUUGAGGUCAGAAACGUCCGUUGCAUUAAGUGCAGAAAAUGGGGUCAUGUCAACACUGACCGUAUCUGUCCACUGUUUAACCAGGACCUCACAGCAGAACCCCCCCAACCCUCCACCAGUGCCUCUUCAUUACUUGAGGGCAUGCAGAGUGAUGGAUUCACCCUGAAGAAAAGCAUUCUGGGUAAAAUGGCAGAUGGAGUGGAUACAGAGAAACUGCUAGAGAGUGAGGAUGAAGAUGACCCAGAAGUUCAGUUUCUGAAAUCACUGAAUCCAAAACAGAGGAAGAAAUUGUUAAAGAAACUGAAUAAACUGCAGUACAAAAAGAAGGAAGGGAAAGUCCACAAGGACAAAAAAAAGAAGAAAAAGUCGAAGAGGUCGCAUGAUUCUGGAAAGGAUUCAGAUGAAGAAGAGAAGUCCCACAGAAAACAAAAAAUGUCAUCCGAUUCUCAGGACUCUGAGGAUGAACAUGGAAGACAUGAACAAUUAAAAAAAUCACGGGCAGGGCAAUAUUCAGACAAAAGAGAACGUCAAAGGGAUAACGGGUCUACGGACAGGUCCCAGAAUAGACAACGGAGAAGGAGCCCCUCAGGUAAUGAAUCAACCCAGAAUGCUAACAGGGGUCAGAGGUCAAAAGGGAGAGAUUCCUAUCGGUCAUUAUCCAGGGAGAGAAACAGACGAGGGAGGAGCAGGUCCACCUCUCGUGGCAGAGACAGGUCAAGGAGAGAUUCUAAUGAAAGAGGAAGGAGACAGUAUGGAGAUGAUAGCCUAAGGAGGUCAAGGUCACCAAAACACAAUUACAGACAAAGUAAUGGAAAAGACAAGUAUAGAGAUCCAAAAAAGGAGAGAAGGUCAAGGUCAUCAUCUUCUUCAUCAGAAAGAGGUUACAGAUCAUUUAAAGGGCAUGAAAGAAACAGGUCAAGGUCAUUAGAGAGGGGGAAAAGAUCAGUAUAUAGAAGAUCUGUAUCCCAAGAAAGGAAGAAAAGAGACAACUGCAACCCAAGUAAAAGAAGGUCAGAUUCCAUGGACAGAUAUAGAAGAUCAGGGUCAGAAGACAGGAGAAGAAGGUCAGGGUCAAAGGACAGGAGAAGAAGAUCAGACUCCUAAUUAUACAAACAAACUAAUAACAUUUAGACUGAUUCAAAAGUCGGAUGAUUAUUAUUGGUAAAGCAUGCAUGUGAUGCAAGUUUAUGAUGUAUAAAUCAUGACAAUUCAAACUUUUUGGAUGUACAGCUCUGGAAUCUGGUAUCUUUGUUCUAACACAAACAGAAAACAAACUGUUUUAUACAUCGAUGUGUGCUGCAUGCUUUAUAAAUGUUUAAGGAAUUGUCAGCAUCAUGACUUGUUUUCUUCUGUUCAUUUUUGAAAAAUUAAAAUUGAGUCUUG